AUGUUUCUCGUGUUGGAAAUUUCCGCCAACCCCACGCGAAGCACCAGCAUCGAUGGACUGGAGAACCCGCUACGGAAUUUGGUUUUUGAGAGCGAAAGCGCGGCGAAAACGUUUAUACAAGAAGAGCAGAAGUGCACGCAUUUACUCUACAGCCCCUUUCUCGAAGAAUUGUGGGAGAACCCAAAGGCGGAGCUCUGGCUGGACAUGGCGCUCGCCACGAAAGCGGUACCGGACACGUGCGAACUAUGCACUGCGAAUAUGAUUUUUGGCGUGUGUUUGGCGAUUACGUGCAGACCAUUACUGUCUCUAGUUUACUUAUCCGGAUUUCAAUUUCUAAAUGUGUGUGAGAGAAAAGUACUAUUUGUAUUUCCAGGACCGUUCUUGGGGUGUCAUGUUUUAUAAUGCGACGUGCUGUGCGAUUCCCCCAAUCAUGCAAGCUUCUACUAGUAUUUGCAUUGCAUAUAGAAGCUGCGAUUGCGAGAAAGGAGAGGAGAAGCACGUGGCGAAGCAAGGUACUAUACUUCGCCUGUUUUCUUGCUCAGAUAACUCGUUUCCCUGUUAAACUAGAAACUCAUUGAGUAUGUUCAGAAAUGUUGUUCAUCGGCGUUCGACCCUAGAAGAUGAGAAUACAACAUCAAAACCAAACACAGACGACGUGAACAGCGCGGCGGUGGUGCUCACGAAGGAUUUUGCGACAGGGCAGAGUGCGUUCGACCCCUCAGCAAGCGGUGGAAAAAAGGAGUUGCGCGGAAAGGCUUUCCUGCUCCUUCCUGGAGCACAGGCCGCGAAUGCGUCGUGCUGCCCGAGUGCAAACCGCGUGAAGGGCGUGUUGGCGUUUAUCAAGGAGAUCCUGCCGUACUUCGACGGGGCUAGCGGCAUGUCGAGGAGGGAGCGGGACGAGCUCGUGCAGGAGGAAAUUGAAAAGUACGCAAUAGAAUAGAAUUUUGUGGCAGCGGACGCGGCGAGAAGCCAGUAGGACUUAUCACGGCGCGACAAAAUAUCUAAGUUAUAUUUGUCCUCGUCCUGGAGAGGGUCAAGGUUCUUCAAGGUUGUGCAUGCAAGAACUGUGGUCAUCUGCAUAAGUACAGUACUACGCAGGAACAACGAUUCUUUCAAAAGAGCAUCAGCAGCACUACAUGCUUUUUUCUAUGCUAGCGAAGAUCUUAAAUCAUGCCCCGCCGCCGGCACCAACAAUUGCCCGACUUGCAUACCAGCUACAAGGCAGGGGUGUGGCAGCCGCAAGAGACGGAGUUUGAAAAGGCAGUGGAUAUCUACGAAACAGCGGAUCAAGUACUAAGCACUGGUGUGGUAGAGAAAAUAAAUGCUGCUUUGUGAAUGAAAGAAAGAGAAAAAUUAUGAAAAAUAGGAAGAAAUAAAAAAUAAAGCGUUGCAGUAUCGCAAAAGUUUUAUCACGU